AACCCCCCACCCCCAUAAGAUUAAAGAAAGCUACAUUCCAGACUCCCUCAAUUUCUCCCCUCCUCUUCUUCCUUCCUUCUCCUCACUUUUCUCUUGUUUCUGGUAUCAGCAGAACUUUUCAAUUGCCUUCCUCUUGAAUAAAAAUUGAUUCUUGAUGCAGAGCACGCUUCAACACGGUGGCGGCGGUGUGGUUUCCGGUGGAUCAAUGUCUGAGGAGAAUAGCAUGGUGAUGUCAUCUGUGGAAUCUUCUGCUUACCCGGAUGAGUCUGAGUUGGAAUUGGGCCUUGGGCUGAGCCUUGGUUGCGGUGGAGGAAAGGGGAAGAUGAGGCAACCGGCGCCGGCGGACCAGGCCGGCGGAGGUUCUUGGGAUCAGUAUGCUAGAAUCUUGACUGCUAAAGAUUUUGCUUCUGUGGUUUCUGGUAAAACCUCAUCAUCAUCACUAUCUUCAUCGUCAUCAUCAUCCUCUGCCUCUGCAAUCAAGGGCAAUACCAAUGGUUCUUGUGGUACAAAGAGAACGGCUGAGCCGCCUUCCUCACCUCCCGGCCGUUCUGCUGCCAGCAGUCAGUUUGUGGGAUGGCCUCCAAUCAGAACUUACAGAAUGAACAGCUUGUCUAACCAUGCUAAAUCUCGAGUCACUGCGGAUUUCUUCUCGUCAACAAUUGAUGAAUGCAAAAGCAAGAACACUAUGGUGGAUAAAACCAGCCAAACCAACAACACAAAUAACGACGCCCCAAAGCAAAAUGGUAUCCUCAAAACUUCUCUGUUUGUUAAGGUGAAUAUGGAUGGAAUCCCAAUAGGAAGAAAGGUGGAUCUGAGUGCCCACAGCUGCUACGAGACGCUAGCGCAAGCACUACAUGACAUGUUUUCACCCAGUGCAGCAAUCGGGGGAGCAUUGUCACAGAUGGAUGAGCAGAUUGUGACUGGUGUGAGAAAGGUAGCAAAAUUGUUGGACGGGUCGUCUGAAUAUGUGCUCACCUAUGAAGACAAAGACGGUGAUUGGAUGCUUGUUGGAGACGUACCCUGGGACCUGUUUCUGAACUCUGUGAGAAGGCUGCGAAUCAUGAGGGCACCAGAAGCUAAUGGGCUCGCUCCCGGAAGGAACAUGAAACAUUGACAAUGCCUAUAUAGAGACAAAAACACUAUGGUUUUGGUUGAUUUUAAAUCUUGUCGACUAUACUCUCUUACCAACAACAUCAUCCGUACUCUCGAUGAAACUCCCUCUGUUUUUUCUGGAUUCUGGUUCUGUAGGCCAACAUGCCCGCGCCCGAGAAAGUUGCCGUUUGAUACACUGUAAGUAUAUUAUAUAUAUAUAUAUGUGUAUUGGGAGUGGUCUAGUUCUUGUGUUCUGGCUUUGUUUUGCUCCCCACAAACUGAUGAUAAGUUCGAUAUUUGGUGAAUGAAGGAAAGUAUUUUUCA